UGAAAGUGAGCACUGGGCAGGAUUUCCAACAUUUCUUUUGGCGGCUGCCAGAGCUCCUGCAGCUUUACAUAUUUAUCUAUUUUUGAGAGAGUUCUAUCCUGCAUCUUCAACCCAAAGGGUUCCCAAACAAGUUUAAAAAAAAACGUCACCAAACAUCAAGAAUAGAUGUAAUAAUAACACAGUAAAAGCACAGCAGAGCAGCGGUUAAAUAAGAUAAAGGAGGAACACAGAACAUUGAAAAGAGCCACAAUGUUUUGGGAAGCUGCAUCACACCUAGAGCUUGCCUUGCUGCCACGGCAUCUCCAGAUGUGUUGGGGGAUCAGCAUGUGCUGAAUUGCUGUGAGUUGUGCACCCGCUGUUAAAAACAUGGGAGCUCUCUGACGGGGGAGGAAGUGUGAUGCGUAGAUAUGCCAUUGAGACCAGAGGAAGGGGGGCUAGCGAGAUUGGUUUGGGGAUGCUAAGAUCCAGGUGCGUCAUGACCCCUGAUUUCUCAUUGACUCUCAGCGAGUGUGUGAAUGCUCUCCACUGACUUUCAGUUGGCAUCUGCUGACCUCAACAGGUGGAGGAGAGAAGGGAUGGAGGCAGUCCGGGGAACUGCCACCCACCCUCCAGCUGCCAUGCUCCAGCUGAGGUGGCCCCUCGGCGCCCAACUGCCACCACAGAGCGACCAGAGGAGCAACCCUCUUGCUCUGAAGGGAAGAGAGCAGAGACCCAGGAAAGACUUUUAUUCAGCCCAGUGAGCUGUUCUUUGCUCCUUUUAAAAAAUUAGCUGCCCUUGUUCUGUUUUUAUUAUUUUAUUUGUUUUUAUCUUGUUAUUAACCGCCCUGGGGGGUCUUAGAACAGAAGGCGGUAUGUGAAUAUAAAUAAAUAAAAGCCGAACGAGUGGGGUGAGAGUUAAUGCCAUGCUGCGGUGCUAAGCCUCACUGGGGGCACCCACUACUUUUUGUGGGGUGCCUGGUCUUGUGGUACAAGGCAUGAAUUGUCCCCUUUGUUAAACAGGGUCCGCCUUGAUUUGCAUUUGGAUGGGUCACUACGUGUUAGCAGUGUAAGGUAUUCCCCUUGUGGUUUGGGGUCAUAAGUCAGUGGUAAAACAUCUGCUUGUAUGCCGAAGGUCCCAGGUUCACUCCCUGGUAGCAUCUCCAGGUAGGGCUGGGAAAGACUCCUGCCUGCAACCUUGGAGAGCUGCUGCCAGUCAGUGUAGACAAUACUGAGUUAGAUGGACCAAUGGUCUGACUCGGUAAAAGGAAGCUUCUGAUGUUUCUAUGGGAUAUGGGAUCUUCCAAACUAUGGGAUUAAAAUGCGCUUAAAGUAAUGUUUAUUUUGACCCCUAGACAGGGCGUAGGAGCCAGUGUUAGUAGUUGAGAGGUGCUAUUUUAAGUAUUGAUCUAUAUUGAUAGAAGCUGCAGUUUUAGCCAUACUUACAAGCUUCUACUCUUUUGCCCUUUCAUGCUGCUCCUUCAUAAAACUUUAGGUCAGCCUUAGCCCAGUCAUGUCUCAGUAUUGUCUGGGAGUAGUUGUCAGGAAACCAGGUCUUACUCCAUUGUAGUCACAGUAUAGUUAGAACCAAAGCAAAUUGCCACAUGGGACAAGAAGAACAAGAAACCACAGGUGAUACAUAUCUGACAUAGGCAAAUCUUGAGGAAACCUACAGAAGCUGAUUAUGCAGAGAUGACCAACAUAAGAAGAGCCCUGCUGGAUCAGGCCCAAGGCCCAUCUAGUCUAGCAUCUUGUUUCACACAGCGGCCCACCAGAUGGGAUGCACUGAAAAGGGGAACAGGAUAUAACAUCUCUAGGCUCUUCAAAUUGGAAUGGAUGACGUACGGACUGGAAGGACUCUGGACUCUGUAUGGGAUACAGAGGUUGUCCUCAGAUUUCAUGGGAAGUCUGAGCACUGUCAGCUGGCUUACUAAGCAAUUGCCUUGUUUUGCUACUUUCUUCUCUGGAUUUGUGGCGAGAUCCUGAAUCCAUAUUUGAAACCUACUCUGGGAAGAGAAGCAGACCUGUGAAGCUGAUCGCCUGGAUUUUCCCUGGGCACAGACUGAGCUGCAAAGUAGCAGGGAACAGGCACCCGAAGAAGAGGCUGGAGGAGACAGAAGAAGCAGGAGACCAUGGCCAGAGAGGUCACAAACACCAUCAAGUAUGGAGGAAUAACCCUUCCCGGCCUUGUGCACAGUGAGGAGAGUGUCCGGUAUGCUCAUCGGAGUUUCCAGGUGCGAGAUGGCGAUGUCUUCAACCUCACAUAUCCCAAAUCUGGAACAACCUGGAUGCAAGAAAUCCUCACCCUGAUCCACUGCAAUGGCAACCCCACUUAUUCAUUGUCAGUGCCCUCCUGGGAACGGGUGCCCUGGAUUGAACAGAACAUGGCAGCUGGAUACCUGGAGAACCGUCCCUGCCCACGCCUCAUAUCCUCUCACUUGCCACACACGCUCUUUCCGGAAUCUUUCUUCACCUCGCAGGCAAAGGCCAUUUACACUGUCCGUGACCCCAGGGAUGUCUGCGUGUCACUCUAUUAUUAUGCCAAGAUGUCUUCAUUCCUGAACUACAAGGAAGAUUUUGGGGAAUUCACUGAGAUGUUCUCUGCAGGAAAAAUUCUUUUUGGCUCCUGGUUUGAUCAUGUCAAGGGCUGGUUGACGUACCGGAAUCAGACAAAUUUUCUGCUUCUGACUUAUGAUGAAUUGCUUAAGGACCUCCGGGGCAGCGUUACCCGCAUCUGCCAAUUCCUGUGCAAGGACUUGGAUGCAUCAGCUGUUGACUCUGUUGUAGAAAACGCCUCCUUUGAGAUGAUGAAAGGCAACAAGAUGGUAAAUUACAGCCUCGUGCCCGAAGAUAUUAUGAACCAAAAAGUCAGCCCCUUCCUCCGAAAAGGGAUUUCUGGGGACUGGAAAAACCAUUUCUCACCAGAACAGAGUGCUGCGUUUCAUCGCCUCUACCAGGAAAAAAUGAAAGAUGUGGGGAUCAAAUUUUCCUGGGAUGAACUUCAAAGCGGAAUCCACCAGGAACUUUGAGGGGUUUUUUUAGAGGGAAACAUUGGUGCUGCAUUUUCCUUAUUCUAAUCUAUUUAUAUGCCAGUCUUUUUAGACCCACCUAUUUCCUUUUACCCAAUAAGCUCCAGUCCAUUUUGGUGGAAAAGGGCAUCUCAGCCAUGGGCGCUAGUUCAGAUUUCAGUGCAGAUUCAUUCCUUGAGCAAUGGCCAGUAAAACCUCUUUAUAAUCUAAGACAAACCCUGCUGGAUUAGACUAAUAGCCUAUCUAGUCCAGCAUCCUGUUUCCCACUGUGGCCAGCCAGCUAUUUUGAGAAAGCCCACAAAAAGGGCUUGAAGAUAAUAGUGCUCCCCCUACUGCUGCUCCCCAGCAACUGCUAUACAGGGGUAUACUGCCUCUGAAUCUGGAGGCUCCAACUAGCUGUUGUGGCCAAUAGCCAUUGAUAGACUUGACCUCCAUGAGUUUGUCUAAUCCCCUUUUAAAGCCUGCUAGCUGGUAGCCAUCACCACAUCCUGUAGCAGUGAAGUCCAUAGAUUAAAUAUUUAUUGUGUGAAGUACUCUUUAGGGUCUGUAUUAUUAGAGAGGGAGAAACCUUCUGCCCACUUUUUGCAAACUAUGCAUCAUCUUAUACUUGCUGACACACUGUGCAAUAGUAUGUCAGCCUUGUAAUGUUGUCUUUGCAAAAUUUGUUACCCAAGAGUAAGCCAAUUAUCUCAAUGGGCUCACUCUUAUGUAACACAACUUGCACAAAUGCAGUGUUACUAGGCUGAUGUGCUUUUGUAUGGUAUGUUAGUUGCUGUUAUUAUGUCCCUAAUCAAUUGUCUUUUUCUAAGCUAAAUAGCUAAUUUCUUUAGCCUUUCCUCAAAGGGAAGGCAGUCCAGCUCUCUGAUCAUUUCAGUGAACUUUUAAACCUGUAACUUCCCAGUUCUGCCAUAUCCUCUUAUGGGCAGCCAGAAAUGUGCAGUUUUCCAAAUGUGGCUGCAGCACAUUUGUAUAAAGGUAUUAUGAUACUGGUAUUUUUAUUUUCUGUUCCUUUCCUAGUACUCCUAUUAAUCCCUAGCCCCCCUGAAGCAAACCUGAGGACCAGUUUAUGCAGUCAACAGAAUCAAGAGAAAAAGCUUUUCUUGGACUAUACCACAUCUGGCUGCAAUGAUGAUGAUGAUGCUGAGGUUGCAUGUUUGGAUGCUUCCCUCAUUACGUGUAUAUAGAAAACUAGCAUGUCAGCCUUCUAAGCUAGUUUUCUACAUACAGGGAAUUUCAUGAGGGAGCACCCUCAAGGGGAUAAAUUGAAGCAAAGAAUCCCAGGUUAUCUUGUUUUCUCUGUCACUGCCUUAGACUGUAUACUUCUGUGCCUCUUUUUGUUCCUUUGGACAGCUAAGUUUAAUGUUUUUGUUUUAUUGCAUCUAUAAAUUAUUUUUUGUGGUCUCUGUCUGCUGGUUUGUUAAAACCGGUUUCCCCAAACUAAUAAAUAAAACAGUAAUAGUUAUCCUGA